AGAUUCCACUGGGGCUCUCCCUGGGGGUUUCCAUCAGUUGCCAUCAGUUUCCAUCAGUUUCCAUCAGUUUCCAGCACUCCGACAGAAUGAAGUGGUUCCCCGUUUGUCGACGGCCGGGGUAAUUAGCGCGGUCCUGGCCCUGACAUGUACAACAUUCACCGGUUAGUUGCCUCGCAGUAGUGUUUGGUAUAUCUAACAUGUUUGUGACCAAGUCAGUGUUUACUGAUGAUCUGAUGUGAGAACCACUGCUUGCUUGCUUGCUUGCAGGGUGCCAAGCCGUAUGUGAUACCUACGGGAGUCGUCCUAUGGCCGUCAUAGGAGAGAAAUUCACACUUCAGUGCACCAUCCACUGCUUCAGUUUACAGUACAAGUGGAUUUCCGUAACAGAAAGUGCCAACAUCACCCUGGAGAAUGAGACCAGAGAUAUGCUGAAUGUAUCUAGCAAUGUUACUUCAGUGGGGGAGGUGGGAGGCAAGUUGUACGAGUGUCAGUGUGUGAGUGGAGGCUGUCUACUCUUCAGAAUUGGAGUGAAGCCUGUAGGUCAUCUAUUAUUUUCAACCAACACAACCAAAACUGGGGGCACAGUCAAUAUAACCUGCAAAGCAGACGGUUAUCCAUCCUAUUUCAGUUUCGAAGUUACCCACGAAAAUAACCAAAUCCGGACCAUCACCUUGCCGGGAAGAAGAGGGGUGUACUUUGUGAUAGAAUCAGCCUCCAAGAAUGAUUCUGGGGAGUAUGCAUGUUACCCUGAGGCUACACUCCAGGAGUAUCCUAAUGAUCCACUACAGGGGAAUGCUGCCAAAUUCCGCCUCACUGUCUAUGAUCCGCCAUUAAUUUCAUGUAUUGAGGAAGAACAGCCUGCAGUCCUGGAGUGUGCUGUAGAUAACAGAGAGGAUUGGCUGAAUGUCUCAAUCAGUUGGACAACAACUGGCGACAUGGAGAUCACAGCACCUCACACAGUAGUAGAGGCCAACAACGUGUCCUACUUGCUGCUCCAUCAAAUCUCCAACAGGACAAACAAUGAUUCUCUAUACACUUGUAAAGUUUUCUCCAAAUUUGGUCUGGAGGAUCAAAGAGUUCUUCAAGUGAAACUUUCAGACCCUGCCUGCAGCAACACUACCUGUCCAGACACACCAGCUAUUGAUCCCGAUAAUUGUGGCUGUGACGAUGAAGAUCUUUAUCACAACUAUUUUCUCAUUCCAACACCUGUACUGUCAUUUCUUGUUGGUGUGGGGUUUGGUUGGAUAGUAAUACUAUUACGUAGUUAUGUGUGGAAGAAGUUUCUUCAUGCCUACUUUAUUAAAUUUGGGAUACAAAUUAACGAUUCUGCACAUAAUAUUUCUUCUGCUGUAAAAGAAAAGUUGUAAUCAUUGAUACAUCCCUCCUGCUUCUACAUUGCCACCAGCAACAAGUCUUACUUUAGCUAUAUACUGUUAUUGAGUGUAAGUCACCCUACUGUAUGCUAAUAGUUGUUAAUCACUCUCUCACAACGUUUUGUAUGAAUUUACUCUGCACAUGACUCUUUAUACUAUAAACAGUGUCUCAAGUAAAAGUUCCCUUUCUUAUUUUCAGAUUUCUCCCCAAAAUCAUCAUAAUUAUAAAAAUUACCCUCGGC